AUUACAAUGACGUCACAGCAGGCAGUAGCAACACAAGGCCUUUGGAACCAUUUUGAAGAAAAAAUAUUUGUGUAGUGUUACCUCCGACCUAUCCUCACGAUCGCACGGUAACCUGAGACGGAUUCCAUCUUGACCAUCGGCCAAUAUAAAUUAUAAACAGGUAUCAAAAAGUUAAAAAAAAAUAAAAAAUAACUCAAUACGUUGAUUGAUAGGAACAUCGAAAAAUGAGGGAGGUUAUUAACAUCCAUCUCGGUCAAUGUGGUUGCCAAGUCGGCAAUGCCUGCUGGGAGCUCUUCUGUCUGGAACAUGGGAUUCAGCCCGACGGCUUGGUUCCAUCGGAUCAGACGAUAGGGGGCGGCGAUGAUUCCUUCAACACUUUCUUCGCGGAAACCGGCGCCGGGAAGCACGUGCCGAGAGCGGUGUUUGUGGACCUGGAACCGACGGUGAUUGAUGAGAUUCGAACUGGCACCUACAGACAGCUGUUUCACCCCGAGCAGCUUAUAUCAGGUAAAGAAGAUGCUGCCAACAACUACGCCAGGGGCCACUACACCGUCGGGAAAGAAGUCGUCGAUCUGGUCUUGGACCGGAUCCGGAAAUGUGCCGACCAGUGCACGGGCCUGCAGGGGUUCUUUGUGUAUCACAGCUUCGGCGGGGGUACGGGCUCGGGGUUCACCUCCCUGCUCAUGGAGCGGCUGUCCAUCGACUACGGCAAGAAAACCAAGCUGGAGUUCUCCAUCUACCCCGCCCCCCAAAUCUGCACGGCCGUGGUGGAGCCGUACAACUCCCUGCUUGUAACCCACACCACUCUGGAACAUUCCGACUGCGCCUUUCUCGUCGACAACGAAGCCCUCUACGACAUCUGCCGUCGUAAUUUGGAUAUCGAGAGGCCGACGUACACGAAUCUGAACCGUCUGCUGGGUCAAGCCGUCUCCUCGUUGACCGCUUCCUUACGUUUCGACGGUGCUGUUAACGUCGAUCUCAUGGAGUUCCAGACGAACCUGGUUCCGUAUCCUCGAAUUCAUUUCCCGCUCAUAGUCUGCGCGCCGAUCGUAUCAGCGGAGAAAGCGUAUCACGAACAGUUGACCGUGGCUGAGAUCACAAAUUCAGGAUUUGAACCGGCGAACCAGAUGGUCAAAUGCGACCCCCGCCACGGGAAAUAUAUGGCCUGCUGUCUGUUAUACAGAGGGGACGUCGUGCCCAAAGACGUCAAUGCUGCUAUCGCCACCAUCAAGACCAAACGUACCAUACAAUUCGUAGACUGGUGCCCGACGGGUUUUAAAGUAGGCAUCAACUACCAGCCUCCGACGGUCGUGCCCGGGGGUGAUUUGGCCAAGGUCCAGAGGUCGCUUUGUAUGCUGGCCAACACGACAGCUAUUGCUGAGGCUUGGGCCAGGCUUGACCACAAGUUUGAUUUACUCUACGCCAAGAGAGCUUUCGUUCAUUGGUACGUCGGUGAGGGGAUGGAGGAGGGUGAGUUCACUGAGGCCAGGGAGGAUCUAGCAGCGCUGGAGAAGGACUAUGAGGAAGUGGGUCUGGACUCCUUGCUGGGAGGAGAGGGAGAAGAGGAGGUGGAGGAGUUUUAAAAAACUGGCAUCAAAAGAAACUUUUUUGUGGCGGAGGCUUGCCACAAAUACUAAUGUAUAAAGAUCAUAUCAUCGAGUGAAGUGGAACAAGUAGCUGGGUUGUCGUGUGGUUGGUAGGGUGGGGUUGUCGUUUGGUUGGCAGGUGGGUUUUACUAGGGGUGUGGGUAAUUCAGGUCUGGGAAUGGUUAGGAUGGCUCAGAGGAGAUUCACCAUCAAUGUGAGGCAAUUUUCAGGGGUUUAUAUGUUGUACAAAUAGCUGGGAUUUUUAUCUUUUGACUUAACUUUGUGGGCACAAGUUGCUGGGAUUUUCUGUUUGAACUAAAUUGUUAUACAAGUUGCUGGGAUUUGUCUAGUGACCUUAUUGUAGGGAUUAAUUAAUUAGACAGUUGGGGGAACAAGUUGUAGGGAUUUGUUGAUGAUCAAAUCGUAGCCUUAGUCGUAGGAUGUCACUACUGAGCAAUGGUACUAGUGGCACGAAUGAGUUGAUCUGGUUGUUCCUUAACUAGAAGCAGUUCUACAGCAGGCAUAGCUUGCAUGAAAUAUACUUUAAUAUUUGAUUACUUUAUAUCUCUGCAAAGAAAUAGCUAAGAAAUUGUUUUAGCAUAGUUUAAGAAAACAUCCAAAGGAAUACAGGGGUUUAAAUGUCAAAGAAUACAGAAAAAAAUGCAGAGGUAUAUUUUGUACUUUUAGUAUUGUCAUCAAAAUACGAUUGAGUAGUAUGAAAUUUGUAUUCCAUUUAUGUAAAUGACAUCCAUAAUACAUCCAUAAAAGAAAAGUCGUU